AUGUGGCGCGGCUAUGCUCGACACACCCUGGUGCCCAAGGGCUUGGCAGCUUUUGGGACUUGGGAGAACAUCGACGCAUAUGCGGACCCCGCUUUGAUUGCGGAUCCAACAUUGAAGGCACGGGUGGCCAGCGAUCGCGGUCAGCUUCCCUUUGACUGGGUGGAUGACGUGCAACUUCGAUUUGUCCGGCCGGCACGGGAGGAUCAGCUGACGCUGCUCAUGGAACCCGUGUCUGUGUGGGACAUCUUGGAGGAUCUAUCAGCAGAUCAUGAGCUGGAUUUGCUUCCCAACAAUCUGGAUCUGCCAGAUGCGGGCAUCAGCCAAGUCGGUGUGCAUGAGGUGCCGGUGCGUAUCGCCUUCCGCAACCCGGAGAGCGCGGCAGGUAAGUACACGAUCAUGGUGGACAUUGUGUCCAAGCAAAGUCAGGAUGCCGAGAUUCAGAAGGAGGAGAUGAAGAAGGCCCUUGAAGAAGGCAAGAGCUAUCGCUUGGUGGAGCGCGGCGGGCUAUCAGUGUCGUUGACCUGGUCAGUUGACGAGGCCUGGCUUCGUUCCUGCAGCUCCAAUUCUGAAGCUUGCCCAUGUUCUCCCCCUGAAGACAAGAGACAGUUCAAAAGUUCUGCUGAUAUGUUGCAGGAUGGCACCCUGCGACACAACCCUUCGGGGAUGCGGGUAUCACCUGACAAGGGCGUCGUUGUGGAUGGCCAAGAGUACAAGCUUUCUCCGCAAGACAUUGACCUGGAUCGCAGUUCCACCCUUGGAGCCGGCGCCGGCGGCGUGGUUCAGGCCGGCGUGCACAAGCCGACAGGGAUGAAGGUGGCCAUCAAGACCGUGAAGGUGGACCAGAAGGAGAAGCGCGAGCAGAUGCUCAAGGAGAUCAAAGGCCUUGUCUUGGCCGCGGGUUGUCCCUACUUGGUGCAGUGGUACGCUGGUUUCGUGGGCAAGGACACUGGCCUGGUUCAUGUUGUCGUGGAACUCAUGGACAAAGGCAGUCUUGCCGAUCUCAAAAGGCAAGUGGGAGGUCCGGUGCCGCCUGAGCAUCUGGCCUGCGCAGCCGCGCAGAUCACCAGAGGGCUAGAGCAUCUUCAGAGCAGGCGACUGCUUCACAGAGAUGUCAAGCCGGCGAACAUCUUGCACAACAGCCUGGGCCAGGUAAAGUUAACCGACUUCGGCAUUUCGAAGGACUUAACAUCCACUGCGGGUGUCGCGGCUAGCUUUGUGGGCACAGCCAACUACAUGUCACCUGAGCGAGCGCUUGGGAAGGACUACUCAUUCAGGUCAGAUGUUUGGAGCGCUGGGAUGGUUGUACUGGAGUUGGCGAAUGGAAAGUACCCCUACGAGGCCAAGAAUUUUCUCGACCUUUAUGAGUGCCUUUGCGCCCAGCCAGAGCCCCGACUGGAUGCUGCAAAGUUUCCGAAGCCAUUGUGCGACUUCGUCGCGCAAUGCCUGAGACGAGAUGAGUCAAAGCGGCCUGACGCGAUCACCCUGGCGAAACACAGCCUUGUGGAGAGCCAAGGACUACUGCUGUUGUUUCUGCUGCUGCUGCUGCUGCUGCUGUUGCCGCUUCUGCUGUUGCCGCUGCUGCUACCGCAGCGGCAGUGCAAUACUGGCAUGCGAGGCAACCCACUAGCAUUGCGGGAGGUGCAAGUUGAGCGGCGCCGAGGCUUUACAAGUGAACCGAACUACAGGGAGAGCUCUGUACUUCUGGUGCUUGGCCACGUUAUCCCUGCAGUGGGCUCCAUUGCCGAGUACUACACGAAGGUGCCCUUGGAGGAGGUCGCCAGAAAGCCAGCGAGCAUUUGUGACCAGCUGAAAGCCAGCGGCUUCGCAGUUGUCCGAUGCAACGUGAAGAGGCGUGCAGAGGCUCUGGAAUGGCUGGGCGGACUGUCAGAUCGCAGCCCAGCCGAGUUCAUGUCUGAGCUUGAUUCCACGCAGUUUCAGGGAGUCGCCAGAGUCGAAGAGGUCGAGUUUCCGAGAAAGCUGCGCCGGGUGGAUCUGGUGCCAGUGGAUGUGGACGGGGCUAGUGAUGGGCCCAAGGCGACCUUCGCCUUGGCCAGAGACUUGCACGACGUGGCCGUGACGUGCCUGCGCGCCAUCGCGGAGCACGAGCGGAUGCCGCUAGAAGAGCUGGUGGCGGAUCGCCCGGAGAGGCUGAACUCGGCCAAGGAGCCCAGCUUUCUGCGAGCAAACUUGUACAACACUGAUGGAGAUGCUGGCGCUUGCUGGCAUGUGGAUCUGGGCUUGCUCACGGUGAUGCCCGUCGGGUCGUGGCCCGCCAUGAUGGCAUCACCCUUCCACAGCGUCAAAAACUCUUUCGUGGAAGAGCUGCUUGAUCCGGACAGAGACGUCUUAGUUUUCGCCGGGACGGCACUGGCCGUGGCCACCGCUGGCCUUUACGUGGCCUUGGUGCACGGCGUUUCAGGGGCUCGCCUGAGGCAGGGUUGCCGCGUGUCUUUGCCGUACUUCCUCCGUGUCCGGCGUGGAGCCAUCAUCCAGCGGCCGCGGAAUUGCCCCGACUGCCUUGCUGGCCUAUACCCGGCAGCUGUGCAGCCUAGCACCUCAGGAGACUCUGGACAGAUGUUGGACCUCUUGAGGUUUCACCGGGACUUCUAUGGUCGACUAUGCACCCGUGGCCAAGUAGUACCACUAGGCAAGCUCGGAACGCCAGAUGUGGAAAAGCGGCUGAGAGAGGGCUUCUACACAUAG